GCCCGGGCCGCCCGCCGCACCGGCAACCGACGCCGCCACAACGGCAGCGACGGCCACCGCGGGAGCCGGACCUCAACAAUAUGUCCAGCCUGCACAGGAGCCGGAUUGCAUAUUUCCAAGGUGUCCUGAGUGAGCCCAAAAUCGCCCUGGAAAAGCUCCGAGAACUCUGCUUCAGUGGGAUCCCUUUUGAGGGCGGAAUUCGCUGCCUUUGCUGGAAGAUUCUUUUGAACUACCUCCCUGUGGAGAAGGCCUCAUGGACCUCCAUCCUGUCCAAGCAGAGGGAGCUGUAUUCCCAGUUCCUGAAGGAAAUGAUCAUCCAGCCCGGUAUAGCCAAAGCCAACAUGGGCGUCUCCAGAGAGGACGUGACCUUUGAAGACCAUCCACUCAACCCCAACCCCGAAAGCCGGUGGAACACGUACUUCAAGGACAAUGAGGUGCUGCUGCAGAUAGACAAAGAUGUCAGGAGGCUGUACCCAGACAUGUCCUUCUUCCAGACCUGCACCGACUAUCCCUGCCUGCUCAUCCUGGACCCCCAGAAUGAGUUCGAGACCCUCCGCAAGCGGGUGGAGCAGACCACCCUGAAAUCACAGACGGUGGCGCGGACCCGAAGCGGCUUCACCAAUAUGAGCUCCCCCCACAAGACCCCAGCCCCCCAUUCUCUGAGCGAGUACAAGGUGCUGCCCAACGGCUGCGAGGCGCACUGGGAGGUGGUGGAGCGCAUCCUGUUCAUCUAUGCCAAGCUGAACCCGGGCAUCGCCUACGUCCAGGGCAUGAACGAGAUUGUGGGGCCCCUAUACUACACAUUCGCCAACGACCCCAACAACGAGGGGAAAGAGCACGCCGAGGCGGACACCUUCUUCUGCUUCACCAACCUGAUGUCCGAGAUCCGGGACAACUUCAUCAAGAGCCUGGAUGAUUCCCAGUGCGGCAUCACCUACAAGAUGGAGAAGGUGUAUUCCAUCCUGAAGGAGAAGGACAUGGCGCUCUACCUGAAACUGCAAGAUCAGAACAUCAAGCCCCAGUUCUUCGCCUUCCGCUGGCUGACGCUGCUGCUGUCCCAAGAGUUCCUGCUGCCCGACGUCAUCCGCAUCUGGGACUCCCUCUUCGCUGACGACAGCCGCUUUGACUUCCUCCUCCUCGUCUGCUGUUCCAUGCUGGUGUUGAUCCGCGAGCAGUUGCUGGGAGGGGACUUCACCCAGAACAUGAGGCUGCUGCAGGAUUACCCCAACUCGGAUGUCCAUCAGAUCCUAAAGAAAGCCAAGGAACUUCAAGACUCCAAUUAGUCCAGGCGAGGAGGGGACAGCGGAGAAGCCCGGGGGCUCUGGAUUCCACCCCUCCCCCCUGGCUCGGGGCGCGGGGUCGGUCACCCCCGCCUCUGGGCCCACCAGUCUGCGUUGGUCCUUCGGACUCCAAGAGGCCUCUUCCCCAGCCGGAGCCGCCGGGGCAGCUGAGAGGGGCGGACCGCCGGGCCCCCGCACCAGCCCCUCGCCUCUGUCCGUAUGGUAUUUUCUCUCCCUGGUGUGAAUUUGAGUUUGAAUCCUCACGCUCGGCCUUACCCCAGGGUCUGUGGGGGAGGCAGGGGCCGGCGGGGGUGAGCGGCAUGUCUCCCCAAGUUGAUUCAAACCACCAGGGGCAUUAACAGGUUAGUCAGGCUGAAUUUGCAGGGGAGGCGGGAGAAGGGGCUUGGGGUGACUCCCUGUGACUCCACCUUCCCAUCUUCCCUUCCCACCUCCCACAGGGCAGUGAUUGUGCUAUUUUGUUGCCUCUUGGGGAGUCGGGGGAGGGUGUUGGGGGGGCCCGCCCCUCUCUUGGGUAUGUGAAUCCCCCAGGGGCUAUGAUCUGUUGGCUGGCGCUGCCACUCUUUCCCUCUCCGGAGAAAGCGGAGAGUGGCCCAGGAUUCCUGCCCUUUGACCUUUCCUGCUCACUUGCGCUUGUGCUUUCUCUUUCUUUCUCUCUCUCUCCCUCCCACCCCCAAAUCUCCUUCUCCCUCCCACCCCCAAAUCUUCUCCCUCCCCACCCCCAACAAAUCUCCCCUUCGCUCCAAGUUGCCCGAUCCCAGGCUGAUUCCCCACCAGCCGUAGCGGGGUGGGAGGAUGAGCCGGAGUGGCAGCUGUCCAUGACACUAAAGCCUUAGAGCAGCGGGCCGUGCCAGCUGCCUGACGUCUGCAUUGCUGUGGGCCCAGGCGGGGCUCGCGACUGGUGCUGCCCCCUCGCCUUGGAACCGCUGUGAUCCGAUCAGAUGAGGAUGUUGCCUGCGGGGCCAGGUUCAGGUCUGCCCCGGGAAGGAGGAACCUGGUCUUCCCAUGGAAAAAUGGCCCGGGGCCCGCACAACCCUGGCACUCUUUCCUGUGCCCGGGGCAGGAUCCUGAUCUCCACUUGCCUGCCUUUGUCAUCUCCUUUCCCAGAGGGGCCAUUUGGGCCCAGGGCACUUGUCGGGACCUGUUCCUCUCCCGCCGCCGGCAGAGCCGGCCGGGAGCAAGCUCUGGGGAGGAGGGUCGGACCGGGAGAGCGAGCGGUCACUCCAUUCUCUAGGGCCAGCGGUUUGAGGGAAUUCAAGAGGGUUUGGGCUGAAAGGGGGUAGGCCUGGAGUCGGUUCUUAACAAGGGGACCAGGGAUCGGGAAAUUGGGACCAACCAGCGGAUGGAUUCCCUCCCGAGGCCCCCACGGAGUGGGACCACCUCGGCUCUAUCUGCCACCGGGCAGCCCUUGGCUGACCGUUUUCCCCCCUGGUUCUGACAGGCUCAGUUUCCUGCUUGUCCUGGGCCGUGGAAUGCCCUGAGGCUGGACUGGGGCGAUGCUCAAUUCCUUGGACUGCCAGGAGCAUUUCUGGCACUGGAGGGGGCACUGGCUUCCCCUCUGCCAGGGCUCAGCCGGCUGGUUCCUGGGAGUAGAGAGAGCCGUGGGGGCCCCCUCCCCUGGGUCUGCAGCCACUUGGGUAGCAAGGGCGCCGGGGAGGGGCAGAUUCCGGCCGUGACCGCACAGCUACGGUUAGGGACGGGAGGGCGCUUGGGUGACAGAAGGCUUGCUACCUACUCAACCAUCAGGGGCAUUAGGGUGAAUUGGGUUGGUACAGUCCCGUGCCCCUGUUCUCCCCGCCCCCCCGGCCGCCCUCCACCCCACACAGAAGGUCGAAGUGGUCGAGGAAGGGGCCUCCAUCCUCCAGGCAGCUGAAACCCAGCGGCGACCACCCCGCUCUGUCCACUUGGCUCAUUUUAACCGGCUGCUCAGGCCAGACGGUGCCUAGGUAACUCCUGCAGCACAGGGAAGUCUUCCUCUUUAUUUGAGGGUCACGUCGUUGAUUUCAGAGGGGCAGAGUUGGAGACUCUGACAGCUUGUCCGAGUUGGGACCCUGAAGGACUACCCCACCUGAAUUCCGCCCGUGAGGGUUCCCCGGUUUUUAAAAGUUUCUGAUCCCCUCCGGCUCCCUAUCCCUUUUCUCUUCCAUGCUCUGGAUCCCCUUCCUCAGUGCCCCCCGAAGAAGCGCUGCUUGCUGAACAGGAAGUGGGAAGGCCUGACGUGGUUGCUAGUUCUCACCGAGGAGGGGGAAACAGAGCUUCUCUCUUCUCUGGGUGCCGUAGAAACCCCAAGCCCUUGGCAUCGAAGGGGGUGGUGAGAUUGGUUUGUCGGGGAGGCUCCUGAGCCCCUCCCAAGUGCCGUCCAUUCUUGGGUCUGGGCCUUCCGGCGGAAGACAGACCUACCUAGGAGACUGGCUUCCUUCUCCCCGGGCUCUUCCCCAGAUUGGAGCUCGGUGCCCGGGUGUGCAAGAGCAGAGCCUUGUCCAGGUGGAGGGAGGGAGCCGUUUGAAGAGGCUGCUCUCUCUCCUCAGAGACCGUCUCUCUUAGGGGGGCGCCCAGCGGGCACUCCAGGGGGCCGUCGGUCUACUGCCUUCUCUUGGGACAUAGCCAUUUCCUCUCUUUUGAUACUUUAGGCUUUGGGCCAUGUGCACCGAAAGCCAGAGCCCCACUCUCUAACCCCACCCCCAAGCCCCAGUGACCUGGGCCUGGAAAUGGCUUUGAGAGCCAGCCUGCCACACCAGGCUGGAAGCCAGUGAGCGGUGCGAUGCUUCAACGGCUUGCCCUCUUCAGAGGGCACUAGCUGCCCCCUCAGACUCUCCCCUCGCCACCCUCCUUUCUCUCCCAAUCCCACCUUCCUCAGCCCCUUAGAACAACUCCUUCACUCACUCCGGAGUCCAGGCAGCGUAAAGGCAACCGGCUCACCGGCAGCUGGGAUUUUUUUUUACCUCAGCCCCAUCGCAGCCUGCACGUACGGGCUCUGGGGCCCAGCCGAUCCUGCCCACGGCGAUGCUCCCGUUGCAGGGAGAAGGCUCUCCUGGCUCCGCUCCGUCCCUCCCCUCUGCCCCCAGGCUCAUGAGUCUCCUCCGAGUCUUGUAGGUACGCAGGGGCCUGAGGUAAUGGAGUUGGUAGAGUAAAGGGCAGGGUGGGGGUGGAGAGUAUGACUGGAAUUCAGGCCAAGGUUGUCCCUUGUGCUCUGGGGCUCCCGCUGAUAGGCCUGGGGCGGAGGGUCCCCUGCUUGCUGGGACAUUGUGAGAGGGGAUGAGUCUUCCAGCGGGUCUGGUCCCUCUGAUCCCCAGAGGCUGGUUGGAAGGACCCCCCCCCCCCAGAUGCCUUCAGCCAGAGCCCAGGCCUCGAACCUUCUCCUUAACCGGUUUGGUUGGAUCUCCUCCCGUGACCCGCAGAAAGACCCUCUGUUUUUGUUUUUUUGCUCCCCUCACACUGCUCUGAAUUGUUUAUUUUUUUUUUUUAUCAUUGCUGUUCAUGAUGAUAACUUAUCUUAAUAAAUCACGUGUUUCCUUUGCAA